AUGGCAUUGUGUACGUACGACGAACAGAGUCGCACCUGGUACGGCAUCCAAAAGGUGCCGAUCUACAACCCAAAAGCGAACGUUGGUGAGAUCCUCAACCAUAUCCUGGCUCGCACACCCGAUCGGAUUAUCCAGAUCGAUAUGGAUACAGAUAAUCGGAUGAGUUGUACCGAGUUCCGGACGCGAAUGAUUCGUUUCGUGCAAAACUUAACGGAUGCCGGUCUGCGCAAGGGUGACAUCGUGGCGAUGGCAAACGGAAACAGUGAGAAUGUGGCUCCGUUGGCAUGCGCGCUGAUGACAAUCGGAGCACCCUUUAAUCCGUUAGCACCGGGGUUCAACGAGGCGGAUAUGGCACACAUGUUGCGGCUUACGGAACCGAAAAUGAUAUUCUGUGACGAUAGCAAUUUCGAGGUAGUUUGCAAAGCCGCCCGUGCAGUAUUUGACAACGAGCGACCAAUCUAUGUGUUUGAGAGCUCUCGAACUAACGUGAAACAUGCGGAAGAUCUGCUUAAAUCAACUGGCCGGGAGGAGGAGUUUGUACCACCACAUCCGGGCGAUUCGCAGGAGCUGCUAUCGAUGAUACUUUGCUCGUCAGGCACUACUGGACCACCGAAAGGUGUUUGCGUGACGCACGCACAGACGAUCGCCGCGAUUGGUUCCAAUCCCGUGGCAAAACCAAUGAUAGUGUUCAACUUCAGUCCACUAUACUGGGGCACCGGCAUUUACACGCUGCUCAGUACGUUCUCAAGCGCUUCAAUACGCCUGAUCACGCGCCGCCCAUUCUCGGAGGAAACAUUCUUCGAAGCAGUGGAGAAGUACCGAGUCAACUUUGUGUUCAUGCCACCGUCGUACGCCAGUCAGGUCGUACGCCAUGAGCGUGUAACACAGGUGGACUUCUCCAGCCUACGGAUGCUAUCGUUGGGUGGAUGCUACGUUUCGGAUGCACUGCGCGAUAAGCUCGACGUACUGCUACCAAAUGGACGAACGUAUAAUUCGGUUGGUACUUCGGAAAUUGGAUGGGUCUCCGCUGAUUUCGGCAAACGGAAGCCAGGCUCGGUCGGAACGCCGGCAGUCAAUAUAGCCAUAAAGAUUGUGGACGAUGCAGGUAACGAUUUGGGGGUCGGUGAGAAGGGACAGGUAUUGAUUAAAGGAGCCGAACCGUUUAUUGGGUACUAUAAAAAUGAAGAGGCCACGCGGGCGACACUCGAAGAACGGGGAUUUGCACGCUCUGGCGAUGUGGGUUACUUCGAUGAGGAAGGAUAUUUGUACCUCAUCGAUCGGGAGAAGGACAUCUUCAAGUAUCGUAACUUCCACGUAUCACCAUCCGAUUUGGAAGCGAUUAUAGCCCAAAUUGAGGGUGUUUUGGAGGUUUGUGUCGUUGGUAUUCCAGCGGACGCUGAACGUACGACCGAGCUACCAACAGCAGCUAUCGUACGUGAAGCUGGCAGCACUCUCAGUGCCAACCAGGUGAUUGAUAUUGUCGAACGGCAGGUUUCCGACUUUAAACGACUCCGAGGUGGCGUUUAUUUUAUGGAUCAGCUGCCGAAAACACAGAGCGGAAAAAUCUUGCGUCGUACGGUUUUAGAGAAGGUGUUAAGUUUGGUGGAGGGCAGCAAUGUAGAGGCUUAAGAACGUAAGUUCUGAAAAAUAUACGCAUUAAGUUGUCGGGAAUGGGAAUGAAAAAGAUUAUCUUAAAGUAUUGUACUACGUUCGUAUAAAAAAGGCAAUAAAUCGUAAUUUGAUUA